AAAUUUUCGUUGACUAUGGCACUAUUUAUGGUUUUGCAAGUUCACUACUCCUCCUUCCAUCGAUCAUCAUCGAGCAAAGCCCCUGUGCUCCUACAUUUCCUCCUCAAACAAUGGGCAAGAAGAGUCCGGCCAGAUUAGAAGAAGAAAAGGCUAGGGAGUCUGAGCUUCAACGAGCAAUAGAUAACGAUGAUGUUGAUAAGGUAUAUGCGGUAAUUGCGAAGGACCCAAAACUCUUGGGUCGUGUAUCUGACGACCCCUUCCAAAGUACUCCUCUACAUAGUGCCGCGGCUUCUGGAAACACCCAAGUGGCCAUGGAGAUGGCCAUCUUGAAGCCGUUGUUGUCUCGGAAGCUCAAUGCGGAUGGUUACAGCCCCAUGCACGUGGCUUUGAAAAACAGGCACUAUCACACGGUGAGGGCACUGAUCACCCUCAACCCCAAGUUGAUUCGAGUCCGAGGACGAUGCGGGAUGACACCUUUGCAUUGUCUCGCUGAGAAAGAAGGAGACAAUGAGCUAGAGCUUCUGGCCGAAUUCCUAUGCGCUUGCAAAUCAUCCAUCAAAGUCUUGACGAGCCGAUGUGAGACUGCCGUUCAUGUUGCUGUCAAGAAGGGCAACAUCAAAGCAUUUGAGGUUUUGUUUGGAUGGCUUAAGCGAGUUUAUAUGACAGAAAUCUUGAAUUGGAAAGAUGAAGAUGGUAACACCGUCUUACACAUUGCCGAGGCUAAAAACCAAACCAAGAUCAUCAACCUGUUGCGUGGGUAUGUCAAGGCGAAUGCGAAGAACUUCCAGGGUAAGACUGCUUGGGCAAUCUCCCCACGGAAUCCUAGUCGGGAUCAUGAUCUGGAGGAGUCACGACCUCCAACUCUCAACAACUCUCUAUCACAGUUUUUAAGGAGCGACCUAACUUUCAUUGAGAGGAAUGCAAUUUGGUUUGGCAUCCGAAAUAAAUCCGCGCGCAGCACAAUCCCUUUAGUGGCCUCCUUGAUUGCGACCGCCACUUACCAAGCCGCGCUCACUCCUCCGGGAGGAUACUGGUCAGAUAACUCUUCAAAUGCCCCAGCCAAUUCCACUGUCGUUCCCGCCAAUUCCAGUGGCUUUGCUGUUGAAAAACCACAUCUAGCCGGAAAAACCAUCCUGAGCGGCGCAGAUCUGUGUUCAUUCCUGUUCCUCAAUGGUACGGUUUUCUUGGCCGCCAUCAGCGCAAUCUGGAUCACCGCUAUUCCCCGGUUUCCCCACACUCUCCCGGUUUACUUGUUACUGUUCUGUGUCGGCUUUGCCUUCAUAGCUACUACCGCGGUAACCGCAUUUCCGAAAUCCUAUGAGGUCGGAGGAGAACUCGCAGCAGUAGUUCUCAUGAUCUUGCUGGGUGCCGCGUUGAUUGUCCCCAUGACAUUGUGGCUUAAAUACAACAGUUCCCGAGGUGGAAUAGACGCCACGUGGAGACGCGUCGGCAACUUUGUAGAAUUGGAGGAUCGGAAAUAGUUUGCAAGUUGAUAUUUCUUCGCGCAUACGCAAUAUCAUCUAUGUUUUAAGGCUUGAGGUUUGCCAAUACUAGGCUCUUCUUAUACGUUGCAUGUAAUGGACUCUUCUGUUAAUUCCUUAAUCCCUACCGACCUUUAAUCUCGCUUAA